CGGACCGGUGCUGCCAUGGAUUCGUUGCCAGGGGAAGACCUGACGCUGCCGGUAGCCUUUGAGGCCAGCGUCUCCCAGCUGCCAGACAUCUCUCGAGGGGACCCCCGGCCCGGCCCGGCCGGCGGAGAAGUGCUACCAGAUGUGGCAGAAGAGACAGUCUCACCAACUAGAGCUCGGACCAUGAAGGACUAUGAAAAUCAAAUCAGUGAUCUGAAAAAAGAGAACUUCAACCUAAAGCUGCGGAUAUACUUUCUGGAGGAGCGGAUGCAGCAGAAGUUUGAUGGUCCCACUGAAGACAUAUACAAAAUAAAUAUUGAGCUGAAAGUUGAGAUAGAAAGUCUGAAGCGUGAACUGCAGGAGAGAGAGAAACUGCUCAUCAAAGCCUCUAAAGCAGUUGAAAGCUUGGCCCAGGGUGGGGAUGCUGAAACGCAGCGUGUGAAAGAGGAAGCACAAAAGAAGAUGCAAGAGAUGGAAGAAUUCCUGACCAGCAGAAUAAAUGUUCUGGAAGAGAAUCUUAAAGUUGCCCGAGAAGAUGUAGAAAAAGCCAUUGCAAUGUCAGAGAAGGAGAAAGCUCUGAGAGCAGCUGCUGAGCAGAAACUUUCUUCAAUUAUGAAUGCCCCUGCAAAGGAUGUGGAUAUGAUUACAGGAGCUGAGAAAGACAGACUUAUAGAGCAACUGAAUCUGUCACUGAAAAGUAAAGAAGCUGUAAUUCAACACCUUAAAGAGGAAAAGUCUCACAGUGGACCUUAUGAUGGGAAGUUACCAGCAGAAAAAAUCAGAGAACUUACCAUUGCUCUGAAGCAUGAAAAAGACAGUGAGAUAGAGGCUAUUAGAAUGGAGUUUAAAAAUGAGAGAAAUUCCCUUGAGAAAAAAAUUCAAUUACUUAAAGAAGAGCUGCAAGAGAGAGAAAAUGAGCUUGCUGUUGAAAAGAAGAAUGGUUUGAAAAGGGAUAAAACCAUUCAAGGGCUAACUGUUGCAUUAAAAGCAAAGGAAAAAGAGAAUGAGGAGCUUGGUUCUGAAAUUGAAGAUCUAAAUGCUUCAUUGGCUAAGGCAAGAGAGGCAACUCACAAAGCACACGUCCAAAAAUUUAAGGGUGCAGAGGAUUAUCAAGCUCUCUUGAUGGAAAAAGAGACCCUCUUAGCAGAGCUGCGCUCAGAAAACCUGACAAAGGAUGCUGAGAAUCGUAAACUACAAAGGAGGAUUAAAAGGACUGAUCAAGAGCUAAAUGAUUUGAAUUUAGAAAGAGAGAAAAUGGAGAAGGAGCUGGAUGAAGCACAACUUCAGAAGAGCAGAAGUGACAAAACCAUUAACGAUCUUAGAAAUCAGCUAGAAAAAUUACAUGGUGAGAUGGCUGAGAAAGAAAAAGCAGCUGAACAUCAUUACAAUAUCCUCUUGAGUGAAAGCAAUCAGAAGUUGCAGAGCCAAGAACUAGUGAUCAAGCAGCUAACAGACACUGUCAGUCAAAAGGAUCUACUGCUUCAGAAACUUGAAGGAUCAGUUAAAGAAAAGGAUGCUGAAUUGCAGGAGCUCAUGAAUAAGUACAAGAACCUUCUAAGAACCAAUGAAGAACUUGAACAGAAAAAUGAGGGUUUAGUAAAGGAAAAAUGUGCUGCACAGUCACAACAGUCAAUCAUUAAGAUAGUCAGAGAGUUAGAGGAAAAUAAAGAAGCUGAAUAUGAAAAGCUGAUCCUUGCUUUACAAAAAGAACAAAAUAUUUAUUCUACGCUAGUGAAGACCUUUAAGGAAUCAGAUAGUAUAAAUAGCUUGCAGACAGAACUAAACAACAUUUUCCUGCUGCGGAAACAACUGGAAGAAGACGUUUUAGCAAAUCGGAACCUACAGAAGGUCUUGGAGGAUCAGAUUAAGGACAUUAGAAACCGCCAAGAUGAAACGCUCUCCUUCUGUGGAGAUCAGACCUCUUAUAUGAGUAUCUGUUUAGGAGAGCAAGAUCAUUUAAAUCUACAGAUAGAUCAUCUGUCUCUUGAAGAACUAAAGAAAAAGGUUACUGACCUUCUCUUGAUGGUUAAGGAUCUGCAGUCAAUUAAUCAAGAACUGAAGAAAAAACAGCUUGGACUUAGCACAACAAAUCCUCAAGGGAAGGAAGGACUAAAAAUACUAAACCACAGUGAGUGUCUUGAAGUAACAGAGGAGCCUGUGAUGCAGACUGAAGAUGGUGACAAUGACAGGAAAAUGCAGAGCAGUCCGUUUGCUGAGAGGGUCAGUCAGGUAUGCCUUCAAGUAUCACUGGAUUUUCCGUGUGAGGUGGAUAAACAGAUAACUCCAUCAGGCCGUUCAGAGAGUUUCUGCAAAGAUAGACAUUAUAGGAGUCCAAAUAAGCCUCAAUUUGAACGUGAUGCAACUGGCAAACACUUUGGCAGAACAGGAGUCAGUGAACAUGAAACAGAAGAGAGCUUGCUCACAUCUCUUUUAAGAGAAAAUAGAACAUCUGUACUGGAAUCUACCAGACAAGAACAAAUGAAAAUUGUAAAUGAACUCUUAGAUCAUCUGAACACAACUGAGGAAGAAUGUUCAAGUGAAGAUACAGAGAAAAAGGAUGAAAAAGAUCUUAGGCAAAUGAUUAUUCAACUAAGAGCUGAACUCAAACAUUUCAAGCAGGUCAAUAAAUUCUUAAAGCAGCAAGUAGAACUGAAAUCAACUUUUGAUGGGAAAGAGAAGCUUUAUCCAGAUGCAAUGCCACAGAUUAAUAAGGAUAUUGAGUUGUUGAAAAUGGAAUUGAAAGAUGCAGCUACACAAACAAUAACUUUAGGGGGUAAUGUCAUGAGACUCAAACAUGAAGGCAAAACAGGAGCCUCAGAAGAAAAGCCAAAAUAUGCAAGAUUAAAUGCAGAAAAAGAACAUCAAGAAGAAAAUGUGUGUACAAAGGGUGAACAGCAUGAAAGGAGAACAAAUGAAACUGAUUCUGCUCACCUGCCCAAGAAAUCCCGUCUUCCUGUUCCCUUAAAACCAUCCAGACCAUUAGGAAAGAGACCUUCGAACUCCAGGAUGCAGAAAUCCGCUUCAAAACUACAGCAUCGUACCAGGGCACCUUGUGAAGCUCUGAAAGCAUCAGAAGUGGAAAACAAACAAUUUCAGCCACAAACAAAUGGAGAGUUGUUAUUGAACGAGUCUGGAACUGAAAACCUUCAAGAAGAGCCUGCAAAGGAAAGCACAUCAGUGAGAGCUGACUCAUUACUCAGACUGGAUGAUAGUGAGGUCCAGGUGGAGUUGCAAGAUGUUUAUCCAGGUACAGAGAGCAAGACUGACUAUGCAAUGGACAAAAAUCAGCCAAAGUAUCAAGAAAUGCAAAAUCAUGGUACCAUUAGCAACGUGAAUACCCAGCCUUCAUUAAAAGAGAUAAAUGAAGAGUUCUGUUUCAUGGAACAUGAGGACAUUGACUCAGCCACUGCAUAUGCAGGUUCCAAGUGCCUGUGUUCUCCCAAAUUGAGUGUAACAAGUACAGAUGCACUUGAUGACUGUGGAGUCAUUGAUGAUGUAGAAGAAUUGAAACAAAGAAUUAAGGAUAUGAAGUCUGAGCUUGAAAAGUACAAAAUGUUCGUGUUUCGUUUACAGACCUCUGACCAGCUGUUAUCAAAUGGUAUCUACGAUAUAGUUUUGAGUGACACAGCCUUGCCUGUGGAAGGAUGUGUUAGACAAGUGAAAGAUACAGCUAUGCAAGAAUUCAAAACAUCUUCUAGUGUCCAUCAGCUGAUGGAUUAUAUGGUCCACGCUGAAAAUGGGAAUUCGGAGUCUUCCAAAGCACCUGAUCCAUGGACGGCACAAAACCGUAAGGAACUACUCACAGCAAAUGAGGCAGAGCUUGAAAAAGACCAAAUUGCAAAUACACAUCCUGAUGAAGUGCAUCAUCUUCACAACAAACUGAGAGAAACAUCACCAUCCAAAUAUGAUUCAUUAGUUCAUUCACAAGCUCGAGAACUCUCCCUUCAAUGCCAACAAAUUAAAGAGAUCUGCAGUGGUUGUGUCACUUACCAUCAACAUUUGACGAGCCUUAUUAAAGCUUUUGAGGAACUGCUUCAAGCCAGUGAUGUAGAUUAUUAUGUUGCUGAAGGCUUCCGUGAACAACUGAAUCAAAGUGUGCUGCUGUUUGAGAAGCUAGAAAGGAAAUUCCUGUAUGGAGAAUCAAUAGGUACAGAAGUUACUAUACUUUAUGAAUUAGCUCAAAGGGAUAAUGAGAGGAACGCCACAAUGUACCAGCAAGUGAAGGAUGAGUCACCUGUACCAUCUGCUCUUCAUAGCUUGUCUGAGUUUGAUUUGUCAGAGAAGUCCUCUCUUGGCUCACCUGAGCACAGGCAUGACCUGGAAGGGCAGCGCGGCUCACCGGCGCUUCCGCCAAACAAGUUUCCCCCAGAGUUAUUAAUGGAGCAUCUGCAAGAAAUUAGAAUCCUGAGACAGCGUUUAGAACACUCCAUAAAAACUAAUGAGAGACUGAGGAAGCACCUUGAGAGACAAGCAACAGACAAGGAACUAGAUCAAGGUUCUGCAAACAUUUUUAUCCAUGGCUCAGAGCAGCAUAAUUCCCUGACUUCUGAAAUACAUUUCCUGAGGAAGCAAAAUCAAGUUCUGAAUGCAAUGCUAGCAAAAGGAUCCAGAGAUAAACAAAAGGAAAACGAAAAGUUAAGAGAAUCUCUUUCUAAAAAGAAUGCAAUCAUUGAGCAUCUUCAGGAGGAUUAUGAAUGCAUCAAGAGAGAAAAUGAAAGGCUGCAAAAGCAAAUUGGCCUAAAGGAAGAUGAAACCAGAUAUCUAACUUGUCAAAUUUACAGCAGUCGUAAUGAAUUAAACAGGUUGCAAACAGAAAUCAAUGUCAAGCAACAUCAGCUGUCCGAGAACGAGAAGUUGCUGCAGUCACUCCGCACUGAGAUCAAGGUUUAUGAAAAGUUGGAAGAGGCAGGAAGGAAGAGGACAGAUCCCAGAUGUGAUGCAUCAGAAGAAUUCCACAAAGAUCAGAAUAAUCCACUUGAUUUACACCAACUCUUGACUGAAAUACAGAGUUUGAGAGUGCAGCUCGAAAGGAGCAUAGAGACCAACAAGUCUUUGCAUGAAAAACUGGAGGAACAGCUUUCAAAAGAGAAGAAACAGGAAGUGGGAUCAGUGUCAGCUGUAAAUAUCAACUGCCUUUUCAAACAAGAAUCUCAGCAUCACACAGGAGUGACUGAAAAUCUUUGCAACUGCCCUGCUGCCAGCAGAAACCUUUGUGAGCUGCAGAGGCAUGGACAUUGCACUUCACUUGCAAAACCAGGUAUGCACUCAGCCUCUAAAGACGAUGUAGACAGCACUUCACACUGCAGCAGCACUUCAUCUUCCAGUACAGCUUGUACCCCUCGACUCGUGCCUGGGCACCGCAUGUGGGCAGACAAAAACGGGCGCCACGUUCUUGGCUUGAUCGAGGAUUAUAAUGCUCUGAGGAAACAGAUUGCAGAAGGACAACAGGUUUUAGCAGAAAUGGAGGUUUCUUUAAGAGAGGUCACUGGUACGAAACUGCAGGAGCCUGGAAUGAAGGUACCAGACCAGGCAUCACUGCAUGGAUUCUCCACAAGUACUCACACGGUGCAACAGAUUUUGGAGGAGGCUGCACGGUUACUGAAACUCCUCUGGAGAGUUUCCCUUCCACUGAAAGCUGUACACGAUACCACUCAUGGCACUCAGGAUGAGGGAAUGAAAGUAGAAAUAUUUAGAUUACGUAAGAAAUUGUCUGAGCAAGAGAAGAAGUUACACAGCACAGUGAAACGUUUGCACUCCACAAACCAGCUCAAGGAAAACAUGGAGAAAAUCAUCAUUGACCAGUUGGCUUUAACUCAUGAUGUCUUAAAGAAGGCUAGAGGAAACCUGGAGGUCUCUCCAGCUGAGAAUCAAAAAUCACCUUCCUAUGCCAGCAAAAAAAGGAUGCUCUGA